AUGCUGAUCCUGGCGCCCCGCGCCGAGAAUGCGCCAACCGGCAAGCUCCCGGAGCUCGCCGAGCCGGUGACCGUGGGCGGGUCGCGAGCUCCGGAAGCGAGGUCGCAAGCGGGGUCGCUGCCGGAGCCGCGCGGCGGCGGAGCGGCCGCGAAGCGGGCGGCUGGGCCAGCCGAGCGGGUGCUCGCGCGAGCGCCCCGCGGCGGCGGUGCGCGGCGAGAGCCCCGCGGCGACGCCACUGGCGGCGCGUCCUGCGAGUCCGACUGGCGUCGCGGGGCGCGGUCGGAAAAAGUAUGCGGAACGCGGGCGCCGUCCCCCGGCGCAAGCGGCGCGUCGCGCCACUUCGAGGUGCUGCCGAGCCGGGCGCUGCUGGAGGGGGCACCGGGCGCGCCUGCUCCAAGGCCCGGGCUCCAGGAGCGCGAAGGUAGGGUUCCCGCUCCCGGCUGGCAACGAGAAGCCUCGCCAAGCAGGAGCGACUUCGCGUCGCAGAACCUGGACCAGAGGGGAGAGGCGUCCGCGCGGUCCGAUGCGGACAAUGGGCGAUGGCGCGCCCUGUCCGGGCGGUGCGGCGUGGCCAACCGCCGGAACUGGCGUUCCAUGGCCGACCGGCAUCCGCCGCCCACCGCGGGAGAGGCGUUCCGCCUAGGAGCCCCUGUGCUAGGCAGGCGCCAUCGGAUGCCGAGCCUGCGGGACGGGGCUCAGAAGCCAGCGUCACACGAGCAGCAGCUGCGGCAGGCGCGGGAGGAACCCGCGAGCAGGUCAGACGCCUGCCUGGACGGCCUGGCUGGGGCCACGAGCAAGCUUGGGGCCGAGAAGCUGCAGGACCUGAACGGGCGCGAGCGGCAAGGUCGCAGGGGCGAGGAGAUGCAGAGCCAGAAGCGGGGGGCCGUGGUGAAGGCCGUGGCGGAGACGGAUCCCGAGAAGAAGCUCGAGCACUGCAUCGGCAACAGGAUCCCGAUGGUCACGGUCGUGGGCUUAGCCUCCGAUGCCACGGGCGCAGUGCCCACGCACCAAGCCAAUACCAAAUCGAAUCAGGCCAUGAAGGAAAGUAUGCUUCGCAGGGUCUCAAUCCCAGGGUGGCCGAGGGAUUUCGUACUGGUCGCCAUCUCGCUGGUCUCGAAGUUGUUCGUGUUGGUCUUGCAAUUCGUGUUGUUGCGCUGCCAGCUCUGCCAUGGAAGGACCAUCCUGACGCGGCUGCGCUACGAGCUGGCCUUCGAGCAGGACAAGCAGCUCCACCAGCAGAAGGUCGGCCACGAGAGCUACAGCGCCGAGACCUACAUCUACAUCUACACCUACAGCUACAUCUACAUCUACACCUGCAUCUACAUCUACAUCUACAUCAACAGCGAGAGUCACGUCUACACCUACAUCUACACCUACAGCUACAUCUACAUCUACACCUACAUCCACAUCUACACCUACACCUACAUCUACAUCUACAUCUACACUUCCGUCGACGCCGGCACUGUGGCUCUCGUGCGGGUGCCCCUGGACGACCUGGUCGGCCCGGGGCCGCCCGCCGCCGUCGCCCCCAUCUGCCAGGACGGGCCCCGCGCGGACAGGUUCCGCCUCUCGCUGGCCCGGGCCUGCGCGGACGGCCUCCCAGCGCUCGUGGUGGGCCUCGGCCUCGAGGGCAGCGCGCAGUCCCGCGCCCUGCGCCUCGGCUGGCGCCGCCACGCCGAGAUCGGGCAGUGGCCGGUGAGCCUCUACGGCGAGGUGUGCGACGUCGGCGGCGCGAACGUCCUCCUGCUGGUGCUGCUCGACCCCGCCUCCGCGCGGGCGGCGGUCGUGGAGCCGUCCUCGGGGCAGGUCGCCCAGCUCGUGGUGCUGAACUCGCAGGACGAGGAGACGACCGACGGAGGAUUGCUGCCGUCCGACCUCGUGCGGGGCGCCCGCGAGGACGUCCUGGAGGUCUUCCGGACGAGUUCCUUCGCGCCCGCGGAGCCGCGCCGCUCCCGCGCCGGCGCCAGCCGACCCCCUUGGGACCGGCGCCCCUAG